AUGGCGGCGGUUCUGUCCGCCCUGGCUGCCAGGCUCUCCCAGUCGGCCGCGGCCAGGUCCUACGGGGUGUUCUGCAAGGGGCUGACCAGGACCCUCCUCAUCUUCUUCGACCUGGCCUGGAAGCUCCGCAUCAACUUCCCCUACCUCUACAUCGUCGCCUCCAUGAUGCUCAACGUGCGGCUGCAGGUCCAUAUUGAGAUCCACUGACUUGUGACUUGAUGUGCUGCUUGCACUGUGUGCUGCAACUAGAGUCAAUCACACUCUUCAAAUUCAGCCUGUCGUGAAACAGCAAAGCUAUGCUUGUUUUCUCUAGGACUAUGAAGAAAGAAGAUUUAAACCAGAAACGAGUAUGUGGCAGUGGCCCAGAUCAUCACAAGGCAGCAGCUCACCUGACACACAUGCAUUCCGUGUUGAACAAGUCUCAAAAUCAUAGUAGCAGUUUACAAGAAUUAUUUUAUUUUAACACCAGGAAUUGUUCUCUCUUUAAUACUAUACCUCUGCCUUCUAUUGGCAAGGAAAUGCCUCCGAGUUUGAGUGAAUCAGCAGGGAGGAACUCAAGUGCAGCUGCUCCUUGGAAGGAUUCGUUUAAUCUGCAUUUUUCUUCUGGGAAAGACAGCCUUGAUAGGGUUUCUCACUGCAUUAAUAGUAUUCCAGUAAUGGGCUGGCUGGAGAAAGCUUGUAGUUUUGCUGGAGACUUCAGCUCAUGCUGUCCAGAAGACAACUUUGUAUGUGUUGCACACUUCUGGCUGGGAAAUUUGCAGUAUAAUAAAAACCUGCAGUUUCUGGAAUUAGAAAUGAGCGGUAGCAAAGAGAAUGAAUUGCAGCUUGCAUUUCUUAAAGAGUUGGAGCUUGGUGGACUUCCUGAUCUCUGUUCUAUUCCAGUUGCCUCACUGAACGAAUAUGCUAUGGGACUCUUAAACUACCAGAAACUGUGUUUCUUUCUUUAUUACUUAAACCUUGUCUCUUCAGAGCAAACACUUGGAUACAAGCAAAUGCUUUCGAGUAUACCCUAUGUGACUAGUAAUUUUCACAUCAUGCAGCUAGUAAUUUCUGUGCUAGCUUUUGCACUAGCAGGUCUCUGGUAUGCAGUAGUGAAGGUAAAAAAGUACUAAGAUUUUAAUAAUUACUAUUUUUAACAUUAAUAGAAACUUAAUUGACUAAAUAACAGAGAAGGUUACAGUUCAGGUUUUAGUGAGAAGUACACAGCUAAAGUAAAAAUUGUAUAAUAGCUAGUAAAACUGGCUGUUGGAAGAAUAGGGACUUUUUUGUAAGGAAUAUCUGCAUCUGAGUGGAAAGAACUUCUUAAUCUUGGGGACUUCUGCUGGUCUGCCAUUAACACUAGACCAGAACCCAAUUUGAUUGUUUAGCACAGAUCCUUUGUUUUCUUUAGGGCUUGUGUUAGCAGAGUGUUCUGGCUGCUAUUUACAACCAUUUCCAAUGAAACUGUUUCUUGUAGAAUUGAAUUCCUGCUCUGAAUCCAACAGUAACUAAUGUAUCAGUCCUUAAAACACUUUGAACUGGAAAGCUGUUGGGAGGGUGGUCUUCAAUACAGCAUAAUUCUCAGCAGUGUUCCUUUGCAAGGAUGGUACUGCUCUAAUUUAAACACUAUCUCAGAGCUUUAUUGCAUUGCAGUAGACACUAUAAACAAUUUUCUAAAAGAAUGUCUUCUUUCCUUGAUAAAGUGGUUGUUAUCACUGAAGCAUAGUAAUAAUUUCUGGGCCUGUUGACUUUGGCUUUGGGACAGACUUCUGACAACGGGGCUUGGCAAAGAAUGGAGCGAGAAUGUUGGAAUCAAUAGAGCUGCUUCUGAAUAAGAAUUUGCAGGAAUAGGCUCCCCCGGGCACUUAGAUGGAGAAACUCAUUGUGCAGUAGGUCAAAGUUUGAACUCAGUGUCCAAAAUUCUCAACAAGGGAGUUGGUGUAGGUGGGCUUAAUGUGCUCUAGGGGCUUACCUAAAGAGGGAGGUAUUGAUACGGUGAGUUAGGAUGCAUUUUCAGCUCACCCUUCACUCUGAGUUAAAAGUGAGGACUUAAUGCAGAGUAAAGUCAUGCCAGUGAUUCACACACCAAGUAUCCUUUUUGCUAGCUAGCUAGCUUCAUUUUGGAAAGAGAAUAAGUGAUGUUGCAUUUAGUUUGAACUGAAUUCACCUGGAAAGCCAGCAGAGUUUUUAAUGUGGUGUUUAUUUGGGUGUUAGCACGCUUGUGUAGAGAAGUCCUUGAUUGUGAAGAUGAGAUGCCAGUUAUCAGUGUUAUGGAGAGACAUGAUGGAAUUUUUUUAACCUUAUUUGAGUGCUGAAAGUAAGAUGUACUACUUUUUAUGUUAAAUGAUAUGUUGUGUUUUUAUUGUCCCCAUUGGUUGGCUAUUUCUUCUGGAUGCUAGAAGAGAUAAAAAGCCAUUUACUUUAAUUUAGGAAAUAACUUUUUCCCUGGUGUGUACUUUUAUUAAGUGUUUAACUUCUAGACUUUUGACCACAUGAUUAUCUGUCACAAAAUUACCAAAAGCCUCAAAAUAAUAGUGGAUUAAAUAUUGCAAGUAAUUAUUUUGAUAGCAACAGUUUCCUUAGUCAAGCCAUUCAUACUAUUCACUCCCAUCUCCACUGCUGCAAUUUAUCACCCUUGCAGUGGUAUUAACACAAGUGUUUGUGGAUUAAGAUUGCUGAAGCGAUGUGGAUCUGAAACCCCAAAACGCUAGAAACAAAGACAGUUCUCCAAAAGUCUGUGGCUUAUUUGAGUUAUGGUGUUAAACUGUUGUCUGCAUAUCGCUUGACCCAAAAAAACAUUUGGCAGAGCUGAGGGUAGAGGAAUGAAGGUGGGGAGGGGCUGGGGCCUGUUUAAGCUGGCUUGAUUGCUAAAGAAAACAUUGUGCAACUGGAUCUUAAUCUCUAUAACUAGCUAUAUAGGUAAAGAAAUACUCUUUUCCUGUAUGGUGAGCUUUUUUUUAAGUUGCACAUAAACACAGUCCUGCAUCCACAACUGAGUGCUUGAACUUCCUGUAUAAAGAAUCGAUUGGCACAGUUGUACCUGUAGUUGUUACUUGAGACCUCCUCUGUUCAGCUGAACGGUUUGGCCUGGGAGAUUCUCUACUCUGCUGUACAGCAUUUGGGAACCACAUAUUUAGGGAACCGUAGUUACAUACAACACAAGCUUGUAGGUGUUAUUGUGGGUUAAUAGGCAAGAGGAGUAGCUGAAGGCAUAAAAGCAUUAAUCCAGUUUUUAACGCACCUAUUCUUUGUGGUGAUUUUAAAGGGAAAAGGCGGGGGAAACGCAACAUGAGAGAAACUAGAAUUUAAAUGUCUGUACAGUGGGGUGCCAAGGGUUGUCUCUAUUGAUGACAAGCCUAUGCAGGAGGGGUUCUUGGAAUGUUGAAUCAUGUUAUGUGCCACAGUCCAGCUCUAAUACAGUCCUGUUUUAAGCAAAAUUUGCUUUGAGUGAGUGGCCUUUAAUCACUUAUUACAGGAUCACUUUAAAUACAGAUACAAUACAGCUAAGCGAAAUGAUGGAUUUUUCUGUGUAUUAUAUGUAUUUUGAACAUAAGAUAUAAAGAAUAUGUCUUAAGUGAGUGGAUUUAUUCCAUUUUAUGAUAGUUUAUGUACUUUGCCUUGGAUUUUAUUGCUUAAAACCUAAAAGGUAACUUUCUAACUUGAACAUUCCUUCUGAAAUUCAAUUAAAGGAUAUUUUGGUAUGUUAAAAUCUCUCGUAAUAUACUGCACUUUAAGCUUGGGGAGGCCAUAAAUUGCAAGCACUGUUCUUGCACUAAUAGAACUGUUUGACUGGCAGCGACAAUGCUCAAAUGGCUUUUACUGUCUGGGGGAGAAUAGUGAACCAGAAGGAUGGCACUCCUUUGAAACUAUAUAUAAAUCAAACACUAUAUGGUUUAGGCCACUGUUUUCUCCCUACAAAUCUUUGGAUAUCAACUCAUCUCAAAAGAUGGAAGGUGUCUCAGCUAAGAACUGGUUUGUAUGGCGUUUCAUGUCUUCAAUAAGUCAGAUGUGGAAGCUGCUUUUCUGAGUAAAUGUGCUGUUAGCGCUGAGACUGUCUUGGAUGAUUGUUAUAGUAGAGGAGAAUAACAUUUUUAGGAGAGGUAAGGGACCUUUAUACUGAACCAGGAGUUGCCUUCUUAUUUCCAGUUCCUCUCUCAUCUCGCUCUUCUGUUGGUGUUGUAAAGAGGUAUUUCUAAGCAAAAUGUCAGGGUUCUACUAAACAACUCAUACUUUCUAAAAUUUCGUUGAACAGUGUCCAGAUCCCUCCUGCACUACAUAGCAGAGAGUUCUAUUUCUGCCAUUAGAAAACAAAUUAUGUAAGAAAAUACUCGAUAAUUGCCUAGUAGUUUCCCAUAACUGUACACUUGAGUGGAAAUUUACUAUAUGGUAUACUGAUUUGAAAAAGAAAAUGAUACUUUUAAAUGUGUGUGCACAGAGCACUGCAUGUAGAUAAAAAGUGUUUUAUCACAGUAUGAUGUUGGAAUGCUUAAGCAAAUGCUUAUUUACUUUCUGACAUUACAAUGCAAAAUGCAGUAGAGAUGGUGUUGUACUUCUCAGUGUGGUAUUAGUGCAAUAUUAGAAAUCAUCUGUGUGCAUCAUCAUGCACCAUGAGACAGUUUUAUCUGCAGAUAUUUUUUAGCCUUUUGCUUUUUCAGUGUUGGGUUGUGGGGUUUUUUUUGGGGGGUGUGUGUUUGGUGUUUUCUUGUUUGGUUUUUUUUUGUGGUUUUGUUGUUUUGUGAGUGGUGUUUUUUUUUUUAGGACUGUGAAGACUGCACUUUCUUAAACUUUGCCAAAGUUUGCUUUCUUUCUCCUUUUCUCCUCCCUUGCCCCUCCUUAUAGGUAAACACACUUCCAAUUUUUGGAAGAAGCAAGCCUGUAGGUGAUCGCCUAAUAUAUCAUCUUAUUGUCAAGGUGUUCCUUUUGUUUUUAUGGCCUGGUCUUACCUAUGUUUUCCUUCUCUUCCCUCCCCAUCAUUUCUCAGCAUAAGCAUAUGCUGAUAUUCUGUUCCAUUUCAGAAACACUCUGCUGUAAUGAAUUAUGCAUAUCAAAUUGACAGAAACCAUGUAGAGAUUUAAGCAUCCAUAAUCUGUCAUUAGGGUGUAUGACAAGUAGUAUAUCUGACAGAGCAAUAGGUAGUCAAUGUGACAUAUUUCUGUUCUUUCCCUUCAAAACAGCUGCUUUGAUUAAAAUCUAAUAUUUAAUUCAAAUUUGUAGUACCUCUGUCAGCUAAGAAUUGCAGCUAGAGUUUGGAGCUUAUGAAAUACCUUGAGGUCAAAACUUGAGAAACAGUUACGCUAGCUUCAAUACUCUUCAGGUUUUUAAGUUAUUAGUAUAACUGAAAAAUUCACAUGAAUGUACUCUUAAACGUCAACCUUUUUUUUUCUAAGAGUGCAUAGAAUAAAAUGUGUUCUGAUACUUGUUUCUGUGAUGCACAGUCAAUAAUGGGGGGGGGAAUCUUUUUAGGAUUUUUUUUUUUAGAAUUUUUGUGAUGAAUCCCCUUCCAAUAUCUCAGACUACAAAGCCUGUAAUCCUCAAGGAAGAGCUACAUUCAAUAGAACUUUCAAAUAAACAACUUGUUGGCUAUGAAAAUACUAAUAUUUAUGAUCAGCUCAUAUACUUGUAUUCAAGGACAUCAAUAUCAAUCUGCUGACAGUGUGAAAACAAGAAUAAUAUAGAAGUGUUAGAAUAAUGCUAUCCUUUACCACCCUGCACUAAGUAAAUCCUAUUGGUGUGUACUUUGAAAUUAAUCCUGUAUUGCAUUCCAAAAUCUCAAUUAUCUUAGUCUUUUUGGAAUUGGUGAUACAAGACUCAGACCAAGUAGAUGGUUAUUUCAUUGUUAGCAAUGAAAUAAAUUUAAAAGCUGAAACAUUGUAGAAAAUGACCUGAGGGAUUUCCAGAAAGAAAAUCUGCCUUGAAAAGAUCCAGUUUAUUUCUGUGAUCUCAAUAUAUUCAUAGUCUGUUUUGCAAAUCACUUUUCUUCCUUCUUUGUGGAAGAUCUAUUAAACCUGAUAGCAAAAAUGGUUAAAAGCCAAACUUUUAAAAGUAUCAGUGCUCUUUAAUUUUCUGUUUGUAGUAAAUCUUACCUAUGAUCAAAUGUAAAAAUACCUAAAUGUAAUUUAAGCUUUUGUUCUUAAAAGUAGGUAAAUCUAAUGCUUAGUGCCUGAUUCAUCACUUGAAGUUGAGUGUUCCAUGAACUUUCUUGAAAAUGGGUUCUGCUACCUGCUGGUGACUAACACUGAUUUUAAAUGCUGACACUUACAAGACUUCCUGUGAACUGUGAUGUUAUCCAUGCAGAACAAUUUUAGUCUAUGGCCUUGGUCUCUGGCCCUAAUUUUUUUUUUAUCGCAAUCUGGGAGAUGGAGAAGGCUGGCACAAACUGUUUUUGUUUGUUCCAGAGAAAGAUGUUUACAACUUUGUAUGUAUUUUAGACAUUUAUUGUAACACUUUUUAACUUGUGAGAGGAGUUUCCAUAGUAAACUUGAAACCUGUUGUCCUAAUGAGGUGAAUACAGACUUUUGAAUAUAUAGAGUGCUAUCUAAGCUUCCAGAAGCUGUUGAUUGUGAUGCUGCUCACUUGCACCACAGGAGGGAGUUACACAUCAGACUUUUAAAUAUUUUCAGUUACGGCAUUGUUUCUUCUUAGUACAGUACAUUUCAGUUUAUAAAUAUGCUGACUUUGACUUGUCUCAUGGAUUGUCACUGCAAAUAGGUUAAUGUACAAAAUCAAUACACAGCGGUAAUGUAUUGUGACUGUUUACAGUUGAACUCUGAAUACCAAUUGAUGGAUUUUAGGAAGCUAUUUAAAAACAGAAAUAAAAAUCUUUUUA